UUAUAGCAGGACUGUGGCGGGCAUUCUGACACUGGGGGGGGGGGGAACUGACUAACUGCCACUGACAUGCUAAUGACACUAAUGCACUGAUCAGUGCUAAUAAAAAGCACUGACACUGUGCUAAUGGCACUGGGCAGGAAGGGAUUAACAUCUGGGGCGAUCAAAGAGUUAACUGUGUGCUGUUUAAUAUAAUGUGCUGUGUGUGUUUUACUAGGGAAACAUGCUGCUGUGUAUUUCUCUGCUGUGCAGAGAAAUACACAGCAGCACACACAGGUCUCUCCCCUGUCACUGUUUCAAGGAGAUCGCCAGGUGCUGGCGGGCAAUCUCUGUCCGGGACCCGGUGA